CCUCAAACUCCAAGCUCCUCUCACGCUCCUCAAAACUUCACGCUCCUCAAACUCCAAGCUCCUCUCACGCUCCUCAACCCUUUUCCUAAAAAGGAAACCCCUCACUCCACCAAAAUGAAUCGCAAGAUUCUCAGAGCUCUGCUAUCAAAGCUCCAAUCGCGAAGCGUCGCGUUCAUUGCUUCAGCCAUGGAACAGCAUUGUUCACAAACAAAAACUUUCACUCUUCCAUCUCGAUCAGAAAAGAUCGAAGAAACGGCAACAGCGCUAGCAAGCUCAGCCUUAACCAGCCCAACCAGCCCAAAAGACCUCUACAGCCAGCCCAACAACUACGCAAAACUCGUCCUAGAUGCAUUCUGCAGCGGCAGGCCCGUGUCCUGCGUCUGCCUGCAGAUGAAAGGCGACCGGCUGCGCGCGCAUCUCCAGGGGCCAUACCCGACCACCCAAGGAAUACCGUUCCGGGCCGACGACAUCGAAUACGUCAUCCACCUGCUCGAGGGCAUGAGCCGGUGCGAGACCUGCCUCCACGAGCUGCCAAGCAUGGCGCAGCUGCAUGGGCUCAGCACCGAGACGAUUGAGCGAUACCGGCUGUUCUACCAGUCCCUGCAUCAGGCAUUUUUUGCGAGUGGAUGCAACACGCACGAAGAACUCCAGAUCGACAUGUACUGCUCGUUCGCGGUAGAGCAGAUGGAGCGGAUGGCGGCAAGCAUUGACCGAAUUAUUGAGGCUGCCAGUGCGGAGCCGCGUUUUGAUCGGGAUGCCUGGUAUGUGGUGUUGAACCAGGCGGAGCGGCUGAUGAAGGCGGCUACUACGUUGCAGGAGAGGAUGGAGCAGGCUGCUCGAUUCUGAAGGGGUGCCUGGAAGGCGAAACGUUACGAUGGCGACAAGCGAAGGAGGGACGAUGUCGAUGUGACAAAAUUGUUACGACGUUGAAUGGGGAAUGAUCUUUACGAUAGAAAGGCUGACGACAAACAACCUGAGGCAAACAUCAUUACAGCAAACAAGCUUCGACAAAGACUUUACGAUAUACAUCCGUGCGACAGAUAGCACUUAUACGACAGAUAGCCUCUAUGACAAAACAUUCAUACGACAGAGGACUCAAACAAAAGGCAAACCUGAUUAUGGAGGGACGAUCCUAAUAGGAUCACCUAGAUGAAACACUUGAAGGUAUUGACGAUGAUUUUGGGGGAACAAUGUCUGAAAGACAAUCAUGUGUAUCGAACUUAUGUAUAA